UCACAUUAUUUUAAGAACUUUAUUAACCAUUGAAAGAAUGAAUUCAAGCUUUCAAAUUAAGCACAGAAUUACAGAUGAUAAUGAAGUUUCAAUUGACAAAAAAAGAACAAAAAACAACUUAUCUUUUCUUGAAAAAUGUAGAAUUUGCAAAGAGCUUUUAGUUAAACCAAAACCAACACAAGAAGAAUUAGCAGCCAAGUAUAAUGUCACUCAAACAGCAAUCUCUAAAAUUUUUAAAAAUAAGGAUAAAUAUCUUGCUUUAGAUUCAGAAACAACAGACUUAAAUAAAAAAAGAAAUUGUCAAGCUGCAUUUCCUGAAAUUGAAGAAGCAGUUGUUAUUUGGUUCCCACAUGCUCGCAUAAGUAACUUAACACAUCUGAUGCGAUAA